AUGACUCUCUACCUCCUCACUGCUCUCGUCGCCACCGUUCAAGCAGCCAUUACACUGCAUCCCAACGGUGACGCGUCAUACUGCCUCGACGCUCGGGGAGACGCGAGCAACGGCCCCAACAAUCCCGUCAUAGCCCGCACGUACGUUCCGCCGACGACAAGAGCUGACAGCAGCCGCCCCUGCGAGCAGACGGGUGGAUACCCGAUCCCCUCGCAGGUGUUCGACUGGCGAGGCACCGAGCUCCGACUGGACGAGACCGACCCGCCGCGCUGUCUGCGCAGUACCAGCGGGCUCGCAUCGCUCGGCGACUGCGACUCUCAGAGUUGGAUCUAUGACAAUGUCUACGAGGUCAUUCGCGACGGGACGGAGGGACUCUGUCUUGAUCCCCUCGAGAUCGGCGGGAUGGUUCACAUAUCAGAGUGCCAGCUGUGCCCGUCCGUCAUGAACUGGACCAUUACUGAGCUCCCUGACCCUCAUGUCGCGCCUGCCAGCGGCGCACAGGGUAAGGGACUGCGAUCAGGGAUUCAGUCGUAUGCAUGA